AGUUGACAACGGAAAGUAGCAACAAACAAUUUUCAGGCGUGGCUUUUUACAAGAAAACAGAUAAUUAUGAAUUAAAUCGUGUCUUAAAUAAGUCAUAAGUUAGCUAUUUCAGCUGUAUAUUAAACUAGGAUUGUUCUAAAUGGUGAAAACACAGUGAAACAAGUGCCUGAAUACAUUAAUAAAUAGGGCGUCGACUGCAGUAGUAAUAAACGAAAAUUAAAUAUGUACGGAAGAAAAACGCCUUCGACUUAUCGAUCGACCCCCUCGGUAUAUUCACAUUAUACCGGGAAAUCUUCAACAAAUCUCCGUUCAUCGAAGUCGGUGAGAUCGCUAAGAUUGCCGUGGUAUCAGAAGCCUAUACUGCAUGAUGCAUUCUUCCUGGAUCUUCAGAGAGGAUCGCUCCUUACUGGAUUCUUUACGCUGUUCAUGGCAUUAUUCACAUUUGCGGAGAGCAUCUUCGAUUUGUACUGCUUGUACAUGGCAACACCAGGUUUCACUCACACCGGGUAUUAUGUCAUCAGCUACCAAUUUGUCUAUGUUGGGAGUCCACCUGUCCGCAACGUGCUGAUAAUAUUCGCGCUGUUUUCCUGGCUCGGUUCCGUAGCAGUUCUCGUUACUAGCAUAAUACUCAUCAAUGCUCUUAGAAAGGAAUACGAAAAACGCAUAGUACCCUGGCUCUACACUUUCGGCGUAUUCAUAAUAUUCCGUCUCAUAGCGUUCAUAUUCGCCUCCAUAGUAAACGAUAUGAUUUUCGCUUACAACGUUAUAAUGUGUCUGUGCUGGAUAAUAUUCUGUGCCGUCGGCAUGUAUGGAUGGGUGCUGGUAUAUAGCUUAUACCUUGAGCUAGCCGAUUUAACCAAGCUGGAGGAUUUGGCUCAUUUGAGGAUGGGCACAAUGGCAUCUCUAAACGCAUCCCUCGCGGGGUCUCGGCCCACGACCCCGCACAGCACGGUGUCCACCAUGCCGGCCUCGCAGAUAUGAUGCGAGGCCCCGGACCCCCCGGACGAGGCCACGCCCCUCGCACACGCGCACGAGGGGGGGCUUGAGACACCCGUGUGAAUUUUGGAAAUGAUAAGUAUAGUUUAUUGAAAAAUACUGUUCAAAAUGGCCACCCGUGUGAAUUUAGCUAUGAUUUAUUGAGAAAUACUAACAAAAAAACUCGAAAAAUAGUAUAGUUUAUUGAAAAUAACAAAAUGGCCUGCCUAGGGCUGUUUCUUUUAUCAAAGUUUCUCAGUGAUUUGUUGAAAUUACUUACAAAACUUAGGGCUGAUUUUUAUAUUGUCUAGAUAUACCACCGGUGUCCGACACUGUGACUCACACAAAUGUAUCUUCUGGUUCAAAGAGCCAUUUUUUUGUAUUUAUAGUCUAUAUACUUAACUUUUGAAUAUAAAAAAGAUUAUAUAUGAUGGGCACAAUGGCAUCUCUAAACGCAUCCCUCGCGGGGUCUCGGCCCACGACCCCGCACAGCACGGUGUCCACCAUGCCGGCCUCGCAGAUAUGAUGCGAGGCCCCGGACCCCCCGGACGAGGCCACGCCCCUCGCACACGUGCACGAGGGGGGCCUUGAGACACCCGUGUGAAUUCGAAAAGAUUAGUAUAGUUUAUUGAGAAAAUAGUAACAAAGAUUAGGCCGAUUUUUUACUAUUAGCAAACAGAAGCAAAUUGAUAAACACUUUUGUGCGCAAACACAUGCUAGCUGUGGACUCGCACCUUUUUUAUAUAUCUUUUAUCUGAUUGAAAUAUCUAUUCUUUUCUAUGUAAAAGUUAUCAGCCUGUACAAAAAUCAGCCUUAAGAAUAAAAUUAAGAACCUCUUAAAAAUAUAUACACAGUGGAAAAUGUAUGUACGCCAAAUAACUGUAAUGUUUGCCUUUUAUAGUAGAUCUUGUAAGUCUACAAUUUUGUACUUUUUGUAUUAUUUGCAUCCAAAAAUAUAAUGUACUACCCACUGUCGCUCGUCAGAAAAGACUAAGGCGAUCCCUAGACGAUCUAUUAAAUUGCGCAAUAUUGCGUAUUGUGAACUAAUUAUUAACGACUAAAUGCACAAAGUUAUUUUAGGUCUAGUGGCCGCCUAAUUUUGUAAAAAUUUCAGUAAAAUGCAAAUUAUUUAUUCAAAAUGCAAUUUUUUGUGGUGAAAAUAAAAUAAUUUCUUUGACUAACAAUUCGCUCGGAUGUUUUAAAAGGGGUAUUGAAUGGUCCAAGCAUGGCAACUUAAUCUUAUAAUAAUUUUAAUUUUAGUAUAAGCAAAGAAAACAUUAAAUCUAUGUUCAAAAUAUACUCUAUGUAUGAAUAUUGUAAAAAAAUAUUAUCUGUCCCGCUUUCAAGGCAAAACCGAACCGAUUUAAAUUAUGUACAUUUGGUACUCAUUUGUCGAGAGUUUUUAGUGUCCGUUCAGACAGACCGGCUCGGAGAGAAAGCAAAUUCUUAACACGUUGAAAAUCGAGUACUUAGUAUUUGAAGUAAGGUUUAUUUUUGCAUGUGCACUGCUUUUGUCAUUAAGAAUGCUCGAAGGCGCUCGGUGUGAAAUAAUAAGAGGAGCCGACCGGCUCCGAUCGCGUACUUUUUCUCGUUUUUGCAGACGUUUGGCUCCGAUUGCAUCUCACGCAGCCGAGCGGAGCCGAUCGGAGCCGGUUCCGGUCUGUGUGAAAAUAAAAACGGUUACCCGAUAGCGGGAAGUAGCUCUCUGGGACGCGAGUGAAACCGCGGGUAACAGCUAGUUAAUGAUUUUUGGGAGUUUUAAAGGUAUAUUUCUGCCUUUUAAAUUAAGAAGGCGUUCUGAUAUUAUAUUUCAUUGUUUUUUUCUAAAAAGCCCUUAUUUAGUAUAGAUUUUCCGUCCUUCUAUAUUUUAUGAUUAGUUUAUUUUUAGGGUCGAUUUUUCAGUCGCCAAAAACAUUUAAUUGAAGAAUAUGUUUGACGUUUUGACAGCUUUUGUCUAUAAAUAUAUAUUCCUCAUAAAUUUUGUAUAGAAAUAUAUAUUCUCCAUAUACACAUAUUCCUCAGAUAUAAGUUAAGUGAUGAUUUAAAAAUCGGCCCUUAAUCGAAAUAUUUUAAUGUUAAGAAUCUCAUUAUUAUUGAUGUAUAUUUUAGUCUUUGUGAUGUUGUUUAUGUAUAUCAUUUUUAUAUUUGUAUAAACAUAAGAAAUACAUUUUAUGCAAUGCGUAUGCAAUGCGUAUGCAUAUUAUUAAUAAGCAUUUGUUUAAAAAUAAGGAAUUACAAAAGCAGAUUUUUUGUUGUAAGAGAAAAAAAUGCAUUUUAAUGACUGAAAUAAUGAAAUCAUGCAAGAUAACUGAUUAGAAAUAGUAAUAAAAAUUGACUUUAUAAAUGCAAAAUUAACUCAUAUCAUGUAAUUUUUUAAAAUUGAAAAAUAGCAAAACUUGUAUUUUUAAUAAGCGAUAAGAUUUCUGUAGAACGCACCUUAGGAAUAAAAUAAUACUACAUUUACGGUGACCAUUUAACUAUAACGAUAACCGAACCAUUUUCAGUCAUCCAUCCCGGCUGUCAUUGAACAUCCUUGGCAGUCGUUACGGGUAGUCAGAAGCCUGCAAGUCUGACACCAGCCUAACCAAGGGCAAAUAUACGGCAGGCUAUGGCUUGGUUAUCGUUAUAGAAUGAUGCAACUCAUUACAUGUUUAAUUAAUUAAUAAUAAUUUGUGUGUAAUAACGACUGCCUCUAUGCCAUAAAAAGAAAAGUAUUACAAUCACUGUUUGUGCCUUUUUAUAGUGCCUUGAAUAUAAGCACAAUUUUUGUAUGUAUUUUGAAAAGACAUUUAAUAGAACGACUGAAUGGUACUAAGUAUUUGUUCAUUCACUCAUUUUUAUUUUAAUGUUACACGGGUUAAUAAUCAAAUCACUCAGUCAUUGUUGACUAAUAUUUUCGCCAGAAUUUUUCACAUAAGUGCGCAAUUACCCUAAACUAUAAUAUUUCUCAAAAAUCAGAAAUUAUUUCGACUUAUUCUGGCAUCAAAUUGUAACAUAGCUUAUACAUUAUGUAACAUUUCUGACUAACUUAGUACGUAGAAUAGUUGACUAAGUUCCGUCCAAUGAGCAUUUUUUACUUUAAUAUAAAUAAUAUUGUACCUACAUGUUGUGUGGAAUAAAUUUUUAACUAAGAA